CUUGGUCGGAAAAUUCUCUGCUCAAUUAGUGUCUCUCCGCUUCUUUCAUGCGGGUUUUUCCGAUUCCAAUACUCUCACAUGUGAGAGGAUUGAUUCGACGAGCACCCUCUUCGCGAUUCUACGUAGUUUCGGCACUCGCCCGGAAGGAGAACCCUUCAAUCUCACAGUCGGAGCAAGUGAAAGAAGGUAACUUUGAUUGUAAUGUGUUGGAGUUGAAUGAAAUUGGGGUUCUUCGGGUUUUGAAUACUAUGAAAGAUGAUCCUUUUCUUGCUUUGUCGUUUUUGAAACGAAUUGAAGGAAAUGGGGCUUUGCCUAGUCUCCAAGCUUAUGCAGCUGUGAUCAGAAUCGUCUGUGGUUGUGGUUUGGAUCAGAAGUUGAAUCCUUUUUUUAUGGGGUUCAUUAGAAAAGGAGAUGAGGGACGUGGUUUCACUGUCAUGGAGUUGUUUAACGCCAUUGGAGAAGCAGAAGUGUCAUUGGUGUUGUUGACCCGGGUCUCCACUGCAUUGGUUAAGGCUUAUGCUAAUCUUCAACUGUUUGAUGAAGCUGUUGAAUUUUUCUUCCGUUCUUAUUAUUCCCUAGGUCGUGCUCCGGAUAUAAAGGCUCUGAAUUUUUUGUUGAGCCGUAUGAUUGCUUCUGGGAGAACUGAUUUGGUGGUUGGUGUCUUCUGGGAGAUUGAGCGGCUGGGGUUGGAUGCGGAUGCGCAUACUUAUGUGCUUGUGGUUAAAGCAUUGUGUAGGAAUGAUGAUACAGAAGGAGUAGAGAAGCUUCUUAGUAGACUGUUAAACUCAGAGACGAGGAACCCUUGCGUGUUCUAUAUGAAUUUCAUUGAAGGACUAUGCUUAAAUCAGAUGGCAGGUAUAGCUUAUCUUCUUCUCCAACCAUUGAGGGAUGCAAAUUUUUUGGUGGGAAAGAGUGUUCUUGGAAUUGCAUAUCGCCAAGUGGUUCGUGGUUUAUGUAAUGAGAUGAAUAUAGAAGUUGCUGAAAGCGCAGUUGUUGACAUGGAGGAACUUGGGGUUGAUCCGGAUGUCUAUGUUUACUCGGCGUUAAUUGAGGUACAUCGGAAGAGUAUGAAUGUACCUAAAGCUUUGGAUAUUUUUAACAAAAUGGUGGAGAAAAGAGUAAGAAUAAAUUGUGUGAUUGUAAGCUCAAUCCUUCAGUGCUGUUGUCAGAUGGGAAAGUUCUCGGACGUUUGUGAUCUGUUUAAAGAGGUUAGAGAGAUGAACAUUCCUCUUGAUAGGGUUUGCUACAAUGUUGCAUUUGAUGCUUUGGGAAAGCUAGGCAAAGUAGACGAAGCCAUUGAGUUGUUCCGAGAAAUGAAGGUUGAAGGAAUAGCUCCUGACGUCAUCAACUACACGACUUUGAUACGUGGUUGCUGUCUACAAGGUAAAUGUUCUGAGGCCUUUGAUUUGAUGAUUGAAAUGGACGGAACAGGUAAAACACCUGAUAUUAUUAUAUAUAAUGUACUUGCUGGUGGAUUGGCUAGGAAUGGUCUUGCAGUAGAGGCACUCGAAACUCUGAAACUGAUGGAAGCUCGUGGGGUAAAACCCACUUAUGUUACACACAACAGGGUCAUUGAAGGCCUGAUUGUUGCCGGUAAACUAGACGAGGCCGAAGCGUUCUAUGAGAGUUUGGAACAUAAAUCUCGGGAAAAUGAUGCAAGUAUGGUGAAAGGCUAUUGUGAAGCUGGCUGUCUUGAUCAGGCCUACGAAAGAUUCAUUAGACUGGAAUUUCCUCUGCCCAAGAGUGUGUAUUUUACUCUAUUCACUAGUCUUUGCGCCGAGAAGGAUUAUAUCAGCAAAGCUCAAGACUUACUGGAUAGAAUGUGGGAACUUGGAGUCGAACCUGAGAAGAGCAUGUAUGGAAGGUUAAUUGGUGCUUGGUGUCGAGUUAAUAAUGUGAGAAAAGCCCAGAAGUUUUUUGAAAUAUUACUUAGUAAAGAGAUUAUCCCUGAUUUGUUCACUUACACAAUCAUGAUUAACACCUGUUGCCGGUUAAACAAGCUGAAGCAAGCCUAUGCUCUUUUCCAAGACAUGAAGAGGAGAGAUGUCAAACCUGAUGUAGUAACAUACACAGUUUUACUCAAUAGCAUUCCAGAGUUGGAUAUGAAGAGGGAAAUGGAAGCCUUUGAUGUUAAACGAGACGUUGUUUACUACACAGUCAUGAUUAACAGAUAUUGCCAGUUAAACGACCUGGAGAAAGCCAAAACUCAUUUUAAAGAGAUGAAGAAGAGAGAAAUCGUACCUGAUGUGGUAACAUACACAGUUUUGCUCAGUAACGAUCCAGAACUGGAUCUUACGAGGGAAAUGAAAGCCUUUGAUGUUAAACCAGAUGUCUUCUACUACACGGUUCUGAUUGAUCGGCAGUGCAAGAUGGGGGAUCUUACAGAGGCAAAAAGAAUCUUUGAUCAAAUGAUCAAAAGUGGGGUGGAUCCUGAUGCUGCGCCUUACACAGCACUAAUAGUUGGUUGUUGUAAGAUGGGAAAUCUUAAAGAGGCGAAAAUGAUAUUUGAUCUAAUGAUUGAAAGCGGGUUAAAGCCUGAUGCUGUGUCGUACACAACGCUAAUAGCUGGUUUUCGUAGGAAUGGAUCUGCACGUAAGGCGGUCACACUUAUGAAAGAGAUGUUGGCAAACGGGAUUAAACCGACUGAAGCUUCCCUGUCUGUAUUAAAGGCCAAGAGACUCAGAUGAUGAUGAAGAACCUAUAUUUAAAUGGUCAGGUGAGCAUGUGGAAACACAGUUAUAGGUCUUGAGAACAAAGUUCUUUGUCAAUUGACAAGAAAUGUGCUUCAGUUUUUGAGACUGGUAUAAUGAAGGGACGGAAAAAGAAAAAAGGCAGGACUGAAGCUUGUCACUGAGGAACCAUAAAGGCAUACAGUGAUACAGGUAAAGCACAAUGUGCGGAUUGUGGCAAUAACGUUGACAAGAAGGGUCAGGAUUCAUAAGCUCUGAAACAGUGGAUUUUCAGCGCUCUGUUUGUACCCUGCAUUUUCUUACUUAUGGCGUCAUCUCAACACAGGAAGUAAUCUCCAGAAAGCAUCACGACGACAGUAUAAACUAACACGAAGUCCUUUUGAUUGUAAAUAUUUGUAAUACGUAGAAAGGUCAACUGUAAUUCAAUAACCAAAACAAGCCUUGUAAUUCAAUGGUGCAUAUAAGCAUAUUCAUAAAUCUGUGUAAAUAAAACACCCAUAAUAAGUA